AUGUACAGUGCGGUGCUGUGUGUCGCGGCGGCAGAGCGGCGCUUUCCCGACGGCUUCAAGUUCGGCAUCGCCACCUCCUCCUACCAGAUUGAGGGCGGGUGGAACGCCAGCGACAAGGGCGUGAGCAUCUGGGACCACUUCGUGCACACCAAGCCCGAGGCCAUCGGCGACCGGAGCAACGGCGACGUGGCCUGCGACUCCUACCACAAGUGGAGAGAAGAUAUUCAGCUGCUCGAGGACCUUAAUGUGGACUUCUACAGAUUCUCGAUAUCCUGGCCGCGGGUGCUGCCGACCGGCUUCCCGAACUAUAUCAGCGAGGACGGCGCGCGGUACUAUAGCGACCUGAUCGACGGGCUACUGGAGAAAGGCAUCGAGCCCGUGGUCACUAUGUACCAUUGGGAUCUACCGCAACCUCUUCAGGACUUGGGUGGCUGGACCAACCCGCUGAUCUCGGAGUGGUUCGCGGACUACGCUCGUGUGAUCUACGACCUGUACGGGGACCGUGUUAAGAUCUGGGUCACCAUCAACGAGGCCACAGCCGUCUGCGAUAUUGGGUACGAUGAUCUCCAUGCCCCGGGGCUGGAGUCCGAAGGGCGCGGGUCGUAUCUGUGCACGAAGCAUGUGUUGCUGGCGCACGCGAAGGCCUACAGGCUGUACGAGGCAGAGUAUAAGCUUAAAUAUCAAGGGCAGGUGUCACUGACCAACCAAAUGAUGUGGUUGGAGCCCGAGACGGUAGAGGACACGGAGCUCACGGAACUCGCUAUAGCCUUGUCAAUCGAUCGGUACUGUUAUCCCAUCUUCUCGUUGGCGGGGGGCUGGCCGCCGGCGCUGGAGCGCUACAUGGCGCAGAAGAGCGCACAAGAAGGCGAGCCGCGCUCCAGGCUGCCCCCCUUCACGCAGGAGGAGAUCCAGCUAGUUAGGGGUUCAUACGACUACCUUGGGCUGAACCACUACACGACGCACACGGCGCGGCCCGCGGCGUCGGGAGAGACCAUCGGCACUUACCUCAUCGACGGGUUCAAGGAGCUCGACGUCAAGCUCGGAACCAGGCCCGAGUGGUCCUCUACCGCGUCUGGUUGGUUGAAGGUGUACCCCGAGGGUUUCCGCGCCCUGCUGUCGUAUAUCAAGCAACAAUACGGAGACACGAGCAUCUACAUCAUGGAGAACGGCUUCCCUGAUGCCGGGACGGAUCUGGACGACCAGCCCAGGGUCGACUACUAUACGAGCUACUUGGAGCAGGUACUUCUGGCUAUGGAGGAGGACGGAGUGAACGUAGUAGGCUACUCCGCCUGGUCGCUCAUGGACAGUUUCGAGUGGAAUGACGGAUACCAGGUUCGCCUCGGGCUGCACCACGUGGACUUCACGUCGCCCGCGCGCACGCGCACGGCGCGGCGCUCGGCCAAGUACUACGCGGCCGUCGCGCGCACCAAGGACAUCGACGCGGAAUACCAGUUCGACAAGAUAGCGGACGAGUAA